AUGGCGGCUGUAGUAGAAGGGUUCUUUGUAUUUUCUUCUUUAUUAAAAAACCCCCCUCUUUCCUCACCCCCUCCCCUUCCCCCCCCCCCCCCCCCCACUUCCCUCCCCUGCCCAUCCCCCCCGUGCCCCACUUCGGAAAACCCCGCGCCCUCGCUUCUUCCGCCCGCCUCCCCGCCAGACGCGAUCCGCCCGGCGGACGUGGGGCUAGAGGCCAUGGCGGCAGGGGCGGCAGGGACGGAAGGCUCCCCUGUCAGAGCGGCGUCCGGGGCGAAAGGGGGAGGCGGGCGGGGGGGAAAAGGGGGGGCGCGCGGGCAGGAUAGCCGGAGACCAGGGCCGGUGCCGGCGGGGGGGGGGGGGAAGCAGGCGCGGUGGUCGCCCGCCAUCACGUAUCUGCACGUCUACGAGUGUGAGGACUUCUCGAUUGGCAUAUUCUGCUUGCCGGCGUCGGCGCGCAUACCGCUGCACAACCACCCGGGCAUGACGGUGCUGUCGAAGCUGCUCUAUGGCUCCAUGCACAUCCGCUCCUUUGACUGGGUGCGCCCCAUUGAUGACGCUGCCUCCUCCGUCGCCCUUGCUACGGCCGCUGCUGCUGCCUCCGCUGCCGCUGCUGCUGCUGCCACGUCUGCUUCUGCGACGCCUGAUGUGCGGCUAGCAGAGCUGGUGGAGGACCAGGUGCUCACAGCGCCGUGUGCAACAGAGGUGCUGCAUCCCACGUGUGGGGGCAAUCUGCACGCCUUCACGGCCGUCACGCCCUGCGCUGUGCUGGACGUGCUUGCCCCGCCCUACAAUGCUGAUGCCGGCCGCCACUGCAGCUACUACCACGAACUCGCCUCGCUCAGUGCGCUGCCCCCAGGGGUGAACGGGGAGCGGGGGAAUCCGUUCUGCUGGCUGGAGGAGUUCCAGCCGUCAGAUGACUUUGUCGUGCAACGAGGACUCUACCGCGGCCCCAAGGUGCCCUUGCCUCUUCUAAACUCGUCUCUCCUCUUCUCCCCUCGUUCUUCCCUCGUCUCUCCUCUUCUCUCCUCUUCUCUCUUCUCUCAUCUUCUCUCCUCUUCACCUCUUCUCUCCUCUUGUCUGGUCUUCACCUCUUCUCCCCUCUUCUCUCCUCUUCUGGCCUCUUCUCCCCUCGUCUGCCCUCUUGUCCCCUCGUCUGCCCUCUUGUCCCCUCGUCUGCCCUCUUCUCCCCUCUUCUCCCCUCUUCUGCCCUCUUCUCCCCUCCCCUCCCGUCUUCUCCCCUCUUCUCCCCUCUUCUUCCCUCUUCUGGCCUCUUCCGGCCUCUUUAUUCCGCAAUUCCUUUGCUCCUCCCUCCCUACUGGCUGA